CGCAGCAGCAGGAGAUCAUCUGUUGGACAGGGAAACUAAUCAGGAGCCAAGUAAAGACUUUUCAGUGUUGCUAGCUCCAGGGCUAGCGAGCUCCCACAGCCGGUCGUCCCACACGACUGUCGCAUUGAGUUGUUUUUAUUUCAUGUAAAGUACAGUUUGUCCCCCGUACGUGAAAAACAACACUGGCGCGAUGUUUUAGGAAGAGUUUUGUGGCGCUUAAAGUGACACGCCAGAGAGCCAGCUGAAGCUCGGCGGCUAGCUCAUUAACUAACGUUAGCUGCUGGGGAAAUAAGUGCGAGCGGAGGCGAGAGAAAAUGGAGCUGGACGACGUCGUCCUGUACCAGGAUGACUCGGGCAACUCCACCGUGAUGUCCGAGCGCGUCACCGGGUUGGCCAGCUCCAUCUACCGCGAGUUCGAGCGGCUCAUCGAGAAGUACGACGAGGACGUGGUAAAGGAGCUGAUGCCGCUGGUCGUAGCCGUGCUGGAGAACCUGGACUCGGUGUUCGCUGUCAAUCAGGAGCACGAAGUGGAUUUGGAGCUCCUGAAGGAGGACAACGAGCAGCUCGUCACCCAGUACGAGCGAGAGAAAGCGCUGAGGAAACACGCAGAGGAGAGGUACAUCGCCUUUGAAGACUCCCUGGACGGGGAGAAGAAGGACCUCCAGCGUCGCCUGGAGUCUCUGGAGUCUCACACUCGCCACCUGGAGCUGAAAACUAAGAACUAUGCAGAACAGAUCAGCAGAUUGGAGGAGAGAGAGGCAGAACUCAAAAAGGAGUACAACACCCUUCAUCAGAGACACACUGAGAUGAUCCACAGCUACAUGGAGCACCUGGAGCGUACCAAACACCAACACAUGGUGGCGCCAGCAGAGCCGUCCGAUGCAGUCACGUCGGCAAGAACGCGGAAGGAGCGUCCCAUCUCCAUGGGCAUAUUCCAGCUUCCUGGCACUGAUGGCGUGACCCCCGACCUGCACCGGGAACCCACGGACCCCUCGGCCGAACCAUGGAGAUUCAACAACCUCAGCCACCCGCAGUCCAACACAAGCCUCAAGGACGAGUUUGCCGGUUUGACUCCCUCCAAAUCCAGUUCUCCAAACUCCAAAGGCGGAGCUCAGGGUGGAGGACCCUCUCAGGAUGUUACCUCUAAAUCAAACACGUCCACAUCUCCUCGUGAUGGGAAGUCCAGCAGUAUGAGUUCUGCGUCCGGUCAGGCCGGUGGGAACAUGUCCACCACGCCGCUGUCCACCACGCCGCUGUCCACCACAGCUUCAGAUGUGACCAUGGAGUCUGUGAACUCUCCUCUCCAGGAACAAGAAGGUUCGGACAGGAUCAACAAAAAUCUGGACCAGAACAGCGGGAAACCAGAGAGCAAUAAGAACAUCUCGGUGGUACAAGGGGGACAACAGGAGUCCACACCCCUCAAAGACGGAGCAGAAAAUGCGGAGAAGUCUGAGGUGCAGAAGAUCAUAGAGUCCACUCCGGAACUCAAUAUGGACCUCGAGGGCUGCAGGGGAACCAGCACGCCGGCUAAAGGCGGCAUCGAGAACCUGGCGUUCGACCGGAACACGGACUCUCUGUUCGAGGAGCUGUCGUCCGCGGGGAACGACCUGAUCGGAGACGUGGAUGAAGGAGCAGACCUGCUGGGUAUGGGACGGGAAGUGGAACAUCUUAUCCAUGAGAACACUCAGCUGCUGGAAACCAAAAACGCUCUGAACGUGGUGAAAAAUGAUCUGAUCUCACGCGUGGACGAGCUGUCGUGCGAGAAGGAUGUUCUUCAAGGAGAACUGGAGGCUCUGAGUCAGGCCAAGGGCAAACUGGAGGAGAGGAACAAGGAGUUAGAGGAGGAACUCAGGAAGGUUCGAGCAGAGUUGGAAGAGUCCAAACACAAAGUCAAAAAUGACAACGAGGACGAUAGUGACGUGCCCACAGCGCAGAGGAAGCGCUUCACCAGGGUGGAGAUGGCUCGCGUCCUGAUGGAGAGGAACCAGUACAAGGAGCGGCUGAUGGAGCUGCAGGAGGCCGUCAGAUGGACCGAGAUGAUCCGAGCUUCAAAGGAGAAUCCGUCUCUUCCAGAGAAGAAGAAAUCCAGCCUCUGGCAGUUGAUUUUCAGCCGUCUGUUCAGCUCGUCGGGUGCCGCCGCCAAGAAGCCGGCGACGACGGAAGCCCCGGUCAACGUCAAGUACAACGCGCCCACCUCUCAGAUUCAGCCGUCGGUGAAGAAGAGGAGCAGCGCGCUGCAGCAGCUGCCCAGCGACAAGAGCAAGGCCUUUGACUUCCUCAACGAAGAAGUGGCGUCAGACAAAGUGGUGUCCAGACGAGAGCAGAAGAGAGAGCAGUACAAACAGGUCAAAGCUCACGUGCAGAAGGAGGACGGCAGAGUUCAGGCGUACGGCUGGAGUCUGCCCAAGAAAUACAAAGUCAACGGAGGUCAGACGGAGAGUAAGAUGAAGAAUCUGCCCGUUCCUGUUUUCCUCAGACCGCUGGACGAGAAAGAUGCUUCUAUGAAGCUGUGGUGUGCCGCUGGUGUGAAUCUCUCUGGAGGUAAAACCAGAGACGGCGGCUCCAUCGUGGGAGCCAGCGUCUUCUACAGUGACGUCCCCGGACCCGAGAGUCCCACUAGGGGGACGGGCUCUCAGACUAGCCUGGACAAACUGGACCAAGACCUCAAGGAGCAGCAGAAGGAGCUGAGGCAGCAGGACGAGCUGUCGUCGCUGGUGUGGAUCUGCACCAGCACACAGUCCACCACCAAAGUUGUCGUCAUCGACGCCAAUCAGCCCGGAAACAUCCUGGAGAGCUUCUUCAUCUGUGACUCGCACGUGCUCUGCAUCGCCAGCGUGCCUGGUGCAAGAGAAACCGACUACCCCGCAGGUGAAGAAGUGCCUUCAAACUGCCACGCAGGACCAGCGGGAGACGACGGCUCCUCUGUGACCGACGUUAGCUCGGCAGGCGGCGGCGGCGGCGGCGGCGUGCUCGGAGGCAUCACCGUCGUCGGCUGUGCGGCUGAAGGAUCCGCCGCUGUUCCCCAAACGGCAGAUGGUGCAGGAGGAGAUGGAGAAUCUGAAUCCAGAGCAGCAGCAGAAGAAGCCACGGAGGCAAUGGAGGUCAGCGCUGGGAUGUCUGACCACAGAGGAACUCUGAGGGGCGUCUACACCGAGCACGUCUUCACCGACCCGCUGGGAGCUCAGCAGACGCCGGAGACAUCAGAGACGCCAGAGACGUCAGGCAGCUACACUCAGAGGGAGAGCGAUCUGCUGAAAGACGGCGUCAGCUCAGACUCCACAGCCGAGGAGCAUCAGGACCUGAUGAUGGAGGAGGCUCAGAAGAUGAGCAGCGUUCUGCCCACCAUGUGGCUCGGAGCACAGAACGGCUGUGUGUACGUCCACUCGUCUGUCGCUCAGUGGAAGAAAUGUCUCCACUCCAUAAAGCUGAAGGACUCUGUGCUCGGCAUCGUACACGUGAAAGGACGAGUACUGGUCGGACUCGCUGACGGCACGUUAGCCGUUUUCCACAGAGGAGUGGACGGACAGUGGGACCUGACAAACUACCACCUGAUCGACCUGGGUCGACCUCACCACUCCAUCCGCUGCAUGACCGUCGUGCACGACAAGGUGUGGUGCGGCUACAGGAACAAGAUCUACGUGGUGCAGCCCAAAGCCAUGAAGAUAGAGAAAUCAUUCGACGCUCACCCCCGUAAGGACAGUCAGGUGCGUCAGUUGGCCUGGGAUGGAGACGGCAUCUGGGUGUCCAUCAGGCUGGACUCCACCCUCAGGUUGUUCCACGCUCACACCUUCCAGCACCUGCAGGACGUCGACAUCGAGCCCUACGUCAGCAAGAUGCUGGGAACGGGGAAACUGGGCUUCUCGUUUGUGAGGAUCACGGCUCUCAUGGUGUCGUGCAAUCGUCUGUGGAUCGGCACUGGGAACGGAGUCAUCAUCUCCAUCCCUCUGACAGAGUCCGCCGCCAAGGCCAUCAAAGCGGCAGGAAACCAUCCAGGAAGUGUCGUGCGCGUCUACGGCGACGACAGCGGCGACAAAGUGACGGCCGGGACGUUCGUCCCUUACUGCUCCAUGGCUCACGCUCAGCUCUGUUUCCACGGUCACCGCGACGCCGUCAAGUUCUUCUCCGCAGUUCCAGGUCAUGCCAUCCCGUCUUCGUCCUGUGGAGGAGAGACGCCGGGGGACAAGGCGUCGGACGCCUCGUCUCAGGAAGGAACCAAGUCCAUGUUGGUGAUGAGCGGAGGAGAAGGUUACAUCGACUUCAGGAUGGGCGAUGAAGACGGCGAGGCAGACGCAGGAGAAGACGUCCCCAUCAAACUGCAGCCCUUCCUGGCUAAAGCCGAGCGCAGCCACCUCAUCGUGUGGCAGGUCCUGGUCAACGACGACUGAGACCUGACCUCCAUUUUCUUUGCCUUUUCUAUCAAACCCCUGCAGCCUCAGAGGGAGGAGGUGGAGUUCAGGGAGACUCCUCCUCCGCUGCUGCUGCGACUUUAAUCAGCACCUUUUUUCCUCCUCAAACAUGAACAAUUAAGCGUAACACAAGCAAAAACUGGAGCGGGAGCGUUGGUUCACACGAAAACUGCAUGUUUUAAUUUGAUGGAUCUCAUUUUCAAUCUGUUCUGUUUGAUUGUUUAAGGUCCAGCGUGUAAGAAUUUAGUGACAUCUGUUAUGUUGCAGCACAAUCCAUCCAUUUUCCAAGCGUGUCAGGAAACUUCGGUGACCUUCACAUAUCUUUGUUUGCGUAUUGAGCUUCUGUAGACACAUAGCAGCUGCCUCCGUAAAGACAUAAAGUACAUUUAAAAAAAGGCAGUUUUAAAGGCUGCGGAAACCAAAAAUACACUUAUGCAAACUUACGUUCACUCGCUUUCCUAACCGUUACACACUGGACCUUUAAGCGUCAAUACCUUGCUGCUGUUAUAUUAUAGUGGAGCAGCAGUUUUCCAGGUUCCCUCCUCUCAGUCGAUUUACUGUGAGCUGAUGCUGAAACUAAAGAUAAUCACCUUUUUUCAGUUUCCUCUCAUCAUCAUCGUCAUCAUCAUCCGGAUUAUUGGUGAAUCUCUAAUGGUUUUGUCGUGUUCAUUUGUUAAUCGAUUGCCAGUUUUGGCAAAAUUCAACAUUUCACGUCUUAUCUAGUUCAUAUUUAAGCAAGACGUGUAUUUAUUUUUAGCACAUUUAAUUUGUUUUCAGGCCCUUGUUUAUGUCUCUCUUGAUUUCAAGUCACAGAGUUGAGCGUCACAUUCAAAACGAAGACGGUAUUGUACAUUAUGUACUAUAGUACAACGUGUAUUUUCACCUGGGUUCUGAAAUUAGAAUAUAUAACUCACUACAUGGAUGUCGGGAAAACUCUUGACGAGUUUAGCAUGGACUGCAAUGAACUGCAAUGAAGAGUUUCCUCUGAAUUCUUUAGUUUGUCUUUAAUGAAGUCAGUACUUUGGUCCAGAAGCAAAUGUUAUGUUAAAAGAAAAGCCAUCAAAUUAUACAAUACUAUAGUUUUUAGAGCGGCAACUAACGAUUAUUUUCAUAAUGGAUUAAUCUGUCGAUUAUUUUCUCGAUUAAUCGAUUGGUCCUUAAAAUGUCAGAAAACUUUAAAGAAUGUUGAUCCGUGUUUGUCAAACCUUGAAAUGAGGAUGUUCUCAAAUUUGUGUUGUCCACAAACCAAAAUGAUUCACUUUUGAUGAUUUCUUUGUUCUCCAGAGCAAAGAAAUGAAGGAAAUACUCACAUUUAAGAUGUUUAAACAAUUAGAAAUGUUAUUUUAAUCAUGAAAAAAGCUUCAAACCAAUUAGUCGAUUCAUUUAGUAAUCGAUUAAUCGUUUCAGCUCUAAUAUUUAUUCCAGAGUACAAACCCUCAUGUGCUAAUGUUUAGUGCUAAUGAGCUACAUUCUAGCAUGCUAACAACCUAUAAUACAAGUGGCAAACACUUGCUAGCAAUGUCUUUAGCAUGUUCAUAUUAGCCUUUAGCUUCUCUGAAAUGCAAUUUUUACUCUGUGACUUGAAACAUGGGACGCGUACACUGGGGCUACACUCUUAGUUAGCAGCUAGCUAACGUGAAUGAUCA